CAUGUAUGACGCAGGCAGGAAUUCAGCUAUCAAGCCCCAACAGGAAACCAGUCCAAUGUAUUGUACGCUCUCUUUCCCUCUCUCUCUCUCUCUCUCUCUCUCCCUCACUAGCUGGCUCUCACUCUCACGUACACACACAAAAACAUCCACAUUCAUAUCAGCGGGAAGCCCGGGCCUCAGACAGCACCAGAGACAGAGAGGAUGGAGGUACUGUAGCGCGACGGUAGGAAAAUGGGAAACAAAGAUAAAGUUCACCAGUGGAGAAUUCCCAUCGUUGUUGAGUGAGUUCAAUGAGAGCGGGUGAGAGGGAGCGACAUGGCCAAGACCCAGCUUGUGGGAUUCCUGCUCUGUUUGAUGGCAUGGAGAACUCUUCAGGAUCAAGGAAACAACAUCGAUCAAGUAAAGGAUAACACCACUGGCGGUUUUAACCCGAAAUCCUUCAAGGGAAACCCCUGCGAGACUAACUGCACCUCCCAGCGAGGGUCGUUCUCCUUCCCCCCGGAGCUGGGCGUGGACCCCUGGGACGCCGCCGCGGCCUACACCCAGGGGGCCGUGAGCUCCUGGGUCAUCCCCUCCUGCUACAUCCUGGCCAUGGCGGUGGGCAUCCCCUCCAACGUCUACAUCCUGGCCUUCCUGCGGGUCAAGGCGCGCACCUUCACCCCGGCGCUGCUCUACCUGAGCCUGGCGCUGUCCGACACGCUGCUGCUGGCGUCGCUGGCGCUGCGCGUUCACUACCACCUCAGCGGCGACGGCUGGGUGUUCGGCGAGGCCGCGUGCCGGCUGGUCACCGCCUUGUUCUACGGCAACAUCUACUGCUCGGCGCACACCAUCGCCUGCAUCGUCCUGAAGCGCUACCUGGCCGUGGUGCGCCCCUUCCUGUACCGCCGGCUGCCGCGCCGAGGCCUGACGCAGGUCGCCUGCCUCGGCGUGUGGCUGCUGUUCGCCGCCGCCGUGGUGCCCGAGCUGGCGGUGCGGCAGAGCUACGUGGUGCCGCGGCUGGGCGUGGUCUCCUGCCACGACGUGCUCCCCCUGGGCGAGGGCUCCCACGCCUGGCUGGUGCCCUACCGGCUGGCGCUGGUCUGGGUGGGCUUCGUGGCGCCCUUCGCCGUGUGCGUGUGCACGCACGCCGCCAUGAUCUACCACCUGGGGCGCUCGUUGCGCGACUGGGCGCCGUUCAUCCGGGUCAGCAGCCUGGUGCUCCUGAUCUUCAUGGCGUGCUUCCUGCCCAGCGGCGCGCUGCACCUCGCCCACUACACCCGCUUGCUGUCGGGCGGCGGCGACGGCCUGUACGGCCACUACCGGCUGGCCGUGUGUCUGUGCUGCUUCCACAGCUGCCUGGACCCCUUCCUGUGCGUGCUCAUGUCCAAGACGCCGGCCUCCAGGCUGAAGUUCAGCACCGGGCGGGUGUCGCUGCGGAGGCCCGCCGUCAUAAUGUGAAGCAGGCUGUGCCUGUUUGUUUGUGAACAGCUGUGUGGAUGUACCGCCGGGAUGUGCGUGCGCGUGGGCCCCGCGUGCGUGUGUGUGUGUG